GUAUAUUCGUGGGAUUAAUACAAAAUGUCGCUCCAACAGCUCUCCAAGCUUCUUCCACUGCCGGAGGAAGACCUCCAGCAGGUCCUUGCCUACGCAUCGACUCUACCUCCACAAGAAGCUGUAGAACACUUCAACAAUCUGCUGGGCGAGUCACCAGCAUCUAUCGAAUUCAUAUCCACCUUCAACUCACGUCGUCAGCCAGCACCAAGCUCCUCAAACAACCAAGCUUCGUCUUCUUCCGCCUCUUCCGCUAUCCCAAAGUCAACCCGCGCGCCCAAAAAGAAGAAGCCGCAAAUCCACACUCCCGCUCCCCGCCAGGUGCAAGAUACCACCUAUGCGGGGCAAGGCAAGGCAUACCAAAAGAAAGGCAAUGAAUCCUACGUCCCACCACGCGCAGGGCCAUCACAACAGCACAACAACCUCAGCCUCCGCGACCCGCCCAAGAAGACGCAAACCCCUCUUUCCCGCCCCCCGCCCUCAGCAGCCGGGCGCCUGAUCUCCGAUCCCCUCAAACCAUCCAGCGCCCCAACAACUCGUACCUCCUUGCCCGCGCGCCCCUCCGCGCGGGCUACGAAAAUCAGCAUCACAGGCGGCACGCCCAUGAGCACCUCCUCGAACCUCUCCGAACUCGAUACCCUAAUCUACAGCCUCGAGAACGCAUCUACAUCCGCCGUCUCCAACGCCUCGCGCUCCUGCAACUGUAUAGCCACCAAGCACGCUCUCCUCGCCGCUGCCCCGAACUGCCUCAACUGCGGGAAAGUCAUCUGCGUCAAGGAGGGCUUCGGGCCGUGCACAUUCUGCGGCCAACCCAUCCUCCAGCCUGAAGACCGCGAUAACAUCGUGCGAGAACUGAGGGCCGAUAGAGCGCAGGAGAAACAAGCUAUUGACCGCGCAGCACAUCGCCGGAUUGAGACAACUAAAAAUCCCUAUGUGAGCCGUGCAGCAGCCGUGCCUGCGGGCCCUACACCGGCAGAGCUCUCCAGGGGCGAUGGGGAGGGCUUGAGCGCGGCAGAGAAAGCGCAGGCGCAUCGCGAUCGCUUAUUAGGGUUCCAGGCGCAGAAUGCGAGUCGCACGCGGGUAUACGAUGAGGCCGCCGACUUUGCGACGCCAGAUGUGGGGGUUAGUCAGUGGGCUGGGCCGAUGGAGCGGGCGAGGUUGCUGAAGCAGCAGCAGAAGGUGUUGAGGGAGCAGGAGUGGAAUGCUAAGCCGGAGUAUGAGAAGAAGAGGGAGAUGGUGAGCUUGGAUAUUGUGGGAGGGAAACUUGUGAAGACCUUUAAGAGGGUGGAUGGUAAGUACCAUGAUACCGUGGCGGAUAAGGAGAAUAUAGGAGGGGAUGAGGGUGUAGAUGCUGGUGGUUAUGAGCAAGCUGAUGCGAGGACGUCGGGAGGAGCAUAUAGUCGGAACCCACUGAUAGGGGGGUUGACAAGGCCGGUCUUUACGCCUCUUGAGGGUAAGGGGGUGGAAGACGGCGAGGCGCAGACAAGGCAAAAGACGUGGCGACGGGUGCAAGACGACUACGAUGAUAAUGAGGAAGUAAUCCUAGACGGACGUGUUUAUGGGUCUGGUAGCCUGCUGGAGGGAGAUAUGAGGGAGGGUGCCGAUGAGAAGGCUUGCACCUGAGACGAGAUGGGAGAACAGGCUCUAUCUCGCCGUCGCUGACGCUUAACGAAUCUUAUGAAGGGAAUAUGAAAACUCAAAAUUUAGACUCUAGAUAAUCUUGGUCUGUAUAUUACAAUGCAGUGUCACCUAUUCAGUGCCAC